AUGUCGGCGGCGGACGGUGCCCGGGAGAACAUCAGGGAGGGCUCAGGUGGCUCGGCGGGUAGCGGUCUUCUCAACCGCUUUGUGCAGCUGCCGGCCAGGCCGCGCUCGGCGGCCCUUUAUGGAGAGCUGCAGGGCAGCCCUGUGGAGAAGGACUCGGGGCUGCUGGUGGGCCACAGAUCUCCACCAGCAAGAAGUGGCCAUCGUUGUGUGGCAGAUAAUGCCAACCUCUAUGUGUUUGGAGGCUACAAUCCUGACUACGAUGAGUCUGGUGGGCCAGAGAAUGAAGACUACCCACUUUUCAGAGAGCUCUGGAGGUACAACUUUGCUACAGGCACCUGGCAUCAAAUGGGCACUGAAGGCUACAUGCCCAGGGAGCUAGCCUCCAUGUCACUUGUGUUGCAUGGGAACAACCUCCUGGUCUUCGGGGGCACCGGGAUCCCUUUUGGGGAGAGCAACGGCAACGACGUCCACGUCUGCAACGUCAAGUACAAGAGAUGGGCUCUGCUCAGCUGCAGGGGGAAGAAACCCAACCGGAUCUACGGCCAGGCCAUGGCCAUCAUCAAUGGUUGUCUCUACGUCUUUGGAGGAACGACUGGUUACAUUUACAGUACCGACCUGCACAAGCUAGACCUCAACACCAGAGAGUGGAUCCAGCUGAAACCAAACAACAUGUCCUGUGACAUGCCAGAGGAGAGGUACAGACAUGAAAUCGCUCACGAUGGUCAACGGAUUUAUAUCUUGGGAGGUGGAACUUCCUGGACAGCUUAUUCCUUAGAUAAGAUCCAUGCCUACAACCUGGAAACCAACACCUGGGAGGAAAUUGCUACAAAACCUCACGAAAAAGUUGGCUUCCCAGCAGCCAGAAGAUGCCAUAGUUGCGUCCAGAUCAAAAAUGAUGUCUUUGUCUGUGGGGGCUAUAAUGGAGAGGUGAUUCUGGGAGACAUUUGGAAGCUGAACCUCCAAACCUUCCAGUGGGUCAAGCUCCCAGCUCUCAUGCCAGAACCAGCCUAUUUCCACUGUGCUGCAGUCACACCAGCUGGCUGCAUGUACGUUCACGGAGGGGUGGUCAACAUCCACGAAAACAAACGGACUGGCUCACUCUUCAAAAUGUGGCUGGUAGUCCCCAGCCUACUGGAACUGUCGUGGGAGAAGCUUCUGGAAUAUUUCCCUCACCUAGCAACCCUCUCCAGAUCUCAGCUUUUGCACCUUGGACUGACGCAGGGACUUGUGGAGCGACUAAAAUGAGACCAUCUUCAUCUCACCGCUUCUGUCCAAGACGUGCUACAUUCAAGAAGCCCCCUUCCUCCUGCCCACCUUCCCUUAUUUAUGGAUACCAUGGAUGAUCUUGCUAAGGAAGAUCACAGAAGAUGGAGGAACUUGCUCCACGCCUUACUCAGCAAAUACA